UCCCUGUAACAUGUGUGCUGUACUUUUAGAGUUUCAAUUUAAUUCAAAAAAAUAUUUUAGGUAUAGUAUUAUAUUAAUUGCUGUGUACGUAGAUCUUAAUAAUCGUUGAUAUAAAUUGCAUAUUUAUAUUAUACUUGGUAGAUUAAGAUAUUGCUAUUCAUAGAAAACUAAUAUAUUUUUUUUACAGGACUGAUGUCUCAAGAUCCUUUAAAUAUUGAUGAGUCCUUGGAAGUGGAUGACAAAGCACCCUUGUGGAUCUACGUGAAGAAAAUUGAGAAGUUACCUGGAGGAGGAUCAUGGAAGUUUGAAUGCAAAUUCUGCAGAAAUUCAUACGUCGGUUCUCAUAGUAGAGUUUUGACUCAUCUUUUGAAAGAGGGAAAAGGAAUCAAAGGAUGCUUGAAAGUUACUCCUCAACAAAGAGUCAACCUGAAAAAAUUAGUUGAUGAUUGCAAGGAGAGGAUAGAACGUGCAGCUACUAAACCAGUUCCACUUCCUUCAUCAUCAAGGAACAUGUCUAGUUCUUCUCUUGAUUAUGAUAUGAGCUACAAAGUUCCUAAUGCAACUGAGUCUGAUCCAAAAAAGAGAAAGGGUCCUUUGGAAAAAGCAUUUAAUAAUGAAGCUAGGGAGCAGUGCGAUGGUGAAGUAUCUAGGAUGUUCUACACUGGUGGUUUGUCUUUUAACCUUGCAAGAAAUCCUCACUACCGCAAUUCAUAUGUGCGAGCUUCCCAAAUUCCAGGAUAUGUUCCACCAGGGUAUAAUGCAUUGAGAACUACACUUCUUCAGAAGGAAAGAAAGAAUAUUGAGAUGCAUUUACAACCUUUGAAGAACACAUGGAAACAAAAAGGAGUGAGUAUAUGCAGUGAUGGUUGGUCAGAUCCACAACGAAGACCAAUAUUCAACUUGAUUGCUGCAAAUGAGAGUGGUCCAAUGAUGUUAAGGGCGAUCAAUACUCAUGGUGAGAUAAAAACCGGUGAGAUGAUUGCAGAGCUGAUCAUAGGAGGCAUAAAAGAGGCAGGGCAUGAAAAUGUGGUCAAGGUUGUCACUGACAAUGCUUCAAAUUGUGUAAAAGCCGGUGCACUUAUUUCAGCAAAGUUUCCUACCAUUUUCUGGACACCAUGUGUGGUUCAUACUUUGAACCUUGCUCUGAAGAAUAUAUGUUCACCACUACUGAGCACAAGAAAUAAUGAAGAGGUGUAUGAUGCUUGUUACUGGAUAAAGUCUCUCAGUGAAGAUGUGAAUUGGAUCAAAAAUUAUAUUAUGAAUCAUGCAAUGAGGCUUGUAAUGUUCACUGAGCAUUGUGAUCUUAAACUCCUCACAAUUGCUUCUACAAGGUUUGCGUCCACCGUUGUGAUGCUAAAGAGAUUCAAAAAAAUAAAGACCGGGUUACAGCAAAUGGUGAUCAGUCCUAAAUGGGAUGAUUAUAAAGAAGACGGUGUAGAGAGAGCAUCUGCUGUGAAGAAAAAGAUAUUAGAUGAAAUGUUUUGGGAGGAGCUUGAAUAUGCUUUAUCUUUCACUUUGCCCAUCUAUAGCGUAAUUAGAGCUGCUGAUACUGAUAAACCUUCCACUAUAAGAAAACAGCCCAUUUGCAAGGGAAAUUUGCAACGGAAAAUUUUCCAUGCAAAUUCGCGAUGCAUUUGCAACGUAAUUGCGAGGAAAAAAUAUAAUUCUCGCAAAUUCGUUGCAAAUUUGCGAGGGAACUAUUCUCUCGCAGUUUUGCGAGGGAUUUGCAAGGGAAUUUACAGAAACCUCGCAAGUUCCUCGCAAAUUUGCGAGUAA